AUGGCAAAACUAGCCGAAGAGAAAGGCGCGAAGAUCAUUAUUAGCUCGGCCGGUGAAAUAGAAUACACUGCAGUCAAGCCAGAAUGCUCAGAAGAGGUUCUCGUAGGUAGGACGACGACGCUGGACUUGGCCGAGGUGUAUACGCUCGGGGUGGUGGAACUGGACGCUGAGGUCGGGGACGGGCCGGAAGUCGAAACGAAGGUUUUAGUGGAUGUUGAAGACGAGGCCGGCUUUUUAAUCGAGGCAGACGUUGAAGUGAAUGCUGAGGUGGAUGUUAGAGUGAAUGUUGAAGUCAAGCCGAUAGUACCGCCGCCAGUAGUAAUUGCACCACCCGGGCCAGCACAAAUUUUACCGUUGGGGCAGCAACCGUACUCAUUAUUCGUACCGAGGAUGCAGUACUUUGUUGGCGGACAGCCAGCUGCCAGGUUAGGGCAGCAAGUCCAGGUCGUGUCGAUGCAUCUUCCGGCCUUGGUAAGAGCACGGAAGGAGAGUGGUCUGACGGCCGAAGAGCAUGAGGGGCGUAUCACUUGCGACAGCAACUGA